AACGCAAAGAGCUGAAUUUGUAUAUCUUGCAACUGUGUUGUGCCCGACGAAGGAAAAUAGAAAUUUUUAUGUAGAAUAAAUAGAAUAAUUUUCCCACUGCUAAUUCUAAUGAACCUUGAAAUCACUCCAGGUUGGUUGCAAAUACUUUGAUGUCGCGGUCAGUAACAAUAAAAAUAUUUUUGUGGGACAGUUCGUCGUAAUACCAACAGCUGUUACUUGUUGCAAGAGGUUGGAAGAAGUAGAUACACCUUGAUCUAUAUAAAGCCCGAAGAAGAAAAAGUGUUAGGUGUUAGCUAUCUUCGCCGAUCCACAGCGGGUUGAAGUAGCUGUCCUAAGAAAGGAGUACUGAAGUCGAUAGUGUCGUGAGGUCGGUGAACUUACAGUGCAUGGAACCGUAGUGCGGCGAAAUGCUGGUGAGCCCCGCGACUAGCGGUAGGACCGCCGCCCCGCCGCCGGUGCCCCCACGGCCCAACAAGCUGGUGGUGGCUGCUGCACUCGCGAAGACUCGCGCCGGGGGCGGCGCCCUAUCGGUACCGACGCGCAAGGCGCCACCCCCGCCCGUUCCAGGCGAGCCGGGGGUGGUGCGCGCUGCCGCCGCUAGGCUAGCUGCUGCUGCUGCCUCCGCGUCGCCAACCCCCGAGAGGAAGCUGCUGACCAGGCACUCUGAGGUCAGCGCGUCUGGAGCGUCGCUGCCUGCUGCCAGAGUCUGUGACGUGAGGCUGCAGCAGUCUGUCCCCAUUGGAAGGUCCACCGGAUCGAGACAGCAAUUGUCCGCACCCAACGCAAGACCCAGUGAAGCUGGACAACAACAGUCUGCUCCCAGUGGUAAACCUGUGGAAAGACAGCAACACUCCACCCUCAAUGGCAGACCUGUGGAGAGACAGCAACACUCCACCCCCAAUGGCAGACUUGUGGAAUCGACACAGCAGCAGUCCACCACCAGUGGAAGACCUAGUGAGUCCUUCCAUUGUGUAAGACCUGUGGAGUCGGGGCACCAACAGUCUAUCCCCAAUGGCAGACUAGUGGAGUGGAGACAGCAACAGUCUGUCCCCAGUGGAAGACAACAGUCCACCCCAAAUGGAGGAAUUGUGGGAGAGUCCGCCACCAACGGAAGGCUCACAGAGCCAGAUCAGCAACAAUCCAUCUCCAAUGGAAAACUUCCAGAUCCUAAUCAGCAGCAGUUGUCUGUCUCCAUUGGAAAACCUGCUGAGUCGAGACAGCAGCAGUCUGCGCCACCUCCUGCACUGCCCCGCAUUUCCUCAACGAGCAAGCCUGUCGAGCUGCGGCAGCAGAAGUCUCAUGCACCACCCCCGCCACCCCCAGAGACCAAGUUGAUGGACGACGAAAUUGCAGCUCAUAGAGAGCAGUGCACGUUUCAGGAACAACCGACACUGCUGCCGUCACUAAAGACUAAUAUAUCCUCUACACAGACCAAGGUCUCUCCUACAAGCGUCGUGUCUCACACCUCGGAACAGAGGCUACCGUCAAAAGAUGCCAAAGAGGUACCGCGACAGCGCUCUCUGUCAGAAUUCAGAGGUAAGCCAGAAGAGCCGCUCGAACAGGAACUUAGUCACCAAUCACUUCCGCACACUGUAGUGCCAGCACCAAGAAGCAUAGCGGGCAGCUUAGAGCGGAAAUCAGAACAGAAAACACCACCAAAGGACGCCAAAGAGCUGGUCAAGGAAGUCUGUAAACCAAACAGUCGACCAGACAGUGCACGUGCACAAGAUCAUACACCACCACUCCUGUCUGAAAUCAAGAUAGAAGUAAAACCUCAACAGAGUCUAGAACGGGAAGUUUUACCAGAAGAUGACAAAGGUGUGAACUCUGCAGAUUCAAACUGUCGUGAAACGUCGCUCUGCAGCCGAGAGUCGAAAGUAAAAUUAACAUCAGGAGAAAAAUCGAGAGAUCUAGUCCACACAAGUGGCGUCAAAGGGUUAGUGUCAUUGGACCAAAUCCCAAAACAAGCACAUGAGACUAACUGCACAUCUAAACAACUGUCUUUGGCACGAAACGGCGUUCCAGUGACGUCAGAAGGAGAACGUUGCGUCAGUGAGAGCAAACUUGGGUCUACGGAGAUCGGUGGAGUGGAGCAACAGGCAACAGAGAGUAAAGGAACCUCGCAGAAGAGUGCAGUGCAAGACAUUUCGGUGGUGCAAUCGUUUAGCAGUUGUGCUGUUCGCGAUGACACCGCCAAAGCGGAACUGUGCAGUUUAACAGUCGUUCUCGGUCCCCGUCAGCUUGCAGAGCGAGAUUUGCAAGCCGCGCAGGUAGCUACCAAACUGGAUGGCAUUAACAAAAUUUCGAACGGAGCCGAACCUGGUGAAGUUUCUGAAAGCCAAGUGGAGCGAAUGAGUGAUGAGCAGUCUAAUGGCUGCGUUGAGCUGCGUCACCGGUGCGAUUGCCAGGAGCAGCAGCAGCAGCAACAGAUAGAGAAGGAACAGAGGAGCCGCUGGAAGACUCCAGCCAACAUGUUACCCACAGGUCAGCACCGCCACCACCCCGCCAGGAUUCGCCACGACAGCGACCGGCUCGUCGACGAUCUCGUCAACGAACUCAAGACCACAGCCGACCAGCGGCGCAUGCUCCAGAACGGCUUCGCGCACGACCAGAGCGUGAUGCUGCAAUCGUCGCUGCAGGGCCUGCCGCCGCUGCCGCGCAGCCUGUCGGCGGCCUCCACCCCCACGGCCGCCCCCAGCGCGGCCCCUGCGCCCGCCCCCGCCGCCCCCGGCCGCCAGCUGCCCGCGGUGCCGCGGCAGGCGCGCCUCCAGGCACCGCCCCCGCCGCCGCUCAGCCUGCCGGGCCGCGCGCCGCCCCCCGCCCCCGCACCCUCUCUGCCCCCGGCGCAACCGCCUCCGCCGCCCCCAACACACCGCAAGACGCCCCCCGUCACUGGCCUGGACGCACAGCUGGCCAUACUGCGCAACGAAAUGUUUGGGCUAAGGCAGCUCGAUCUCUCUCUGCUCUCUCAACUGUGGUCACUUAAUGAGAGCAUCCAGGAGUUCCGGCAGUUGCUGCAAGAACAAGAUGAGCGAUCACCACCCUCUCCCAGCUCAGCCGACGAAGAGUUCUACUCACCACUGCCAGCAGUGCGGUACCCUCCACUUUCUGCUGUACCUGAACAGUACCGUCUCUCCUCAAGCUCCUCUGGUUCCAGUGUUGAGUAUGGUGAUGUGUGACUUGCACAUGCUGUGGCCUGUUUGUGUGGUGCAAAACUGUUGAGUACUAGUGAAAUUGCAAACAUAUUUCCUGCAAGGUAAAUGACUGUCUUUCUGGGUAGGAUGUUGACAGAUGUACUGCUGCAAUCAGUUUCCCUUCUUGUGUCGACGGCAUACGGCUUGAUGGUGCCAACGGAAUUGACUGAUGUUGUGUACUAAGAAUGAUAUCUCACACAUAAUGUUAAGAUAAGAGCUGUUCUAAUACAAUGCAUUGCUUUGCAUUUAGAUGUGGUUAUGUGGGAGGAAAUCUGUUUUAUUAAACCCCUACAUUGCAGGAAAGCUGAAAAUUUUGUUUGCAUAUAGAUCUUAAACCUCAUGAUUUGGGAGACUGCAGAUAAUUGUGAUUUAUUGUUUGAUGGUGGUAAUUGCACUUAAUAUUAUUUUAAUUGCAGGAAUCUAGUUUUUUCUGGUUGAAUAGUAUUAGACUUUGUUACUUAAGGUUUGUAAUGCAGAGUGAAGUCUGUUUGAUUAUGCAAGGAGAAAUAUUAUUUUAAUUGCAGGUAUCCAGUUAUUUUCUGGUUGAAUAGUAUUAGACUUUGUUACUUAGGGAUUGUGAUGCAGAGUGAAGUCUGUUUGAUCAUGCAAGGAGAAAUACAACUUAAAUUGUUGAAAUGGUAGGUAUUUGCCUGUUAUGUCCUGUUGUUUGGUGCCUCUGUUGUCUGUGGUUAGCCACUAUUUGAUUCUCCACCUCUUUCUUGGUCUAUCUAUUGGUGUUUUCCUUAUUGGCCAAUAACUCAUUAUCAUCUUAAGCAUCCAGUUUUUCAUUCUCGUUUCAUAAUCUCUCCAUUUGGUUCUGUAGUUAAUGAUCUGUUCAUUUAUGCUUUUAACUCAUAGUUCAUGUCUGACUGUUAUACUCUUUAUCAUAUCAGAUAGUCUAUAACAACCUGCUCUUCUUAGAAACCUCAUUUAUGCAGCUACUCUUCAGCACUCAUUUCCAGGUGUUAUUGUCAGAGUUUCACUGCCAUAAAGUAUAGACAGUAUUCCCACUGUUUUGUAGAACUUCAUUAGAGUUCCUUCUCUCACCAUUUUACUCAUUGUCAUGUAUAUAGUCCCAUCAAUAUAAAUGAACCUUUUUUUGGUAUGUCUGUUUUGUUGUUAGAGAGACUUUUGUACACAGAAAACUCAACAAGUGCUGAAUUACUAUGUAAAGAGUCAAUGGCAACAUUUUGUAACGCAAUGUGUGGUGCAAAGGAUUGCAUAAUUGAAAUUCUUUGUUUUCAUGUGACAGUUGUUUGUGUGAUCAUUUCUUGGUCAAUGCUUUUAUUAUUUAUUGCAAAAUGAAAACAAGUAGCUCUAUUUACAUGUUAACUGUGGCCUAUAUAGUAUUAAGAUUUUCAAACAUGGAAAAUCGAGGAUGGAAUGUUAUGAAGAGGAUAGUAGCACCUCACCAUAUGGUGGAGAUGCUGAAUCGCUGAUCGGCACAACAAAAAGAUUGUCACACAAUAAGCUUUCAGCCAACAAGGCCUUUGUCAAAAGUGUGUGUGUGUGUGUGUGUGUGUGUUUGACAAAGGCCUUGCUGGCAGAAAGCUUAUUGUGUAACUGUCUUUUUGUUGUGCCUGUCUGCGACUCAGCAACUCCGCUAUAUGGUGAGUAGCAAUUACCCUCUUCAUAAUAGUAUUAAGAUUUUGUUAGUUAUCAGUUGUCCUGCAUGCAAAAAUGAAGUCGGUUAUUGUUUUGCAAAGACAUGUUUCAUAUAAUGUGGCAUGGUAGCAGCUACCUCAACACAAGACUUACCAAUUGACAUUUAUGUCUGCACCAGGGGUAUUUUUGGUGAAACAGAUUCUUGACAAGAGUACAAAGACUAAAAGUGCAUCAUACAUUGAUUGACCUAGAUUUUCAGAAAUCUGGUAACAUAUGAUGUGUUUGAUACACUAAAAUGAAUAUCACAGAUGGUUGUGAACAUAGAAAUAAUUUUUCUUGUCCUGUGAGCAUCAGUGCAACACAUAAAGGCAUUUUUUUAUUUUUUACAGAACAAUAUUUUGCUGAUCUUCUGUGGGAUGAUACAUUUUACAAGAAUAUGUUCAGGCAGAUUGACACCUAUCUCUUAUUGACAUCUUGAUUACUAGUAACUUCUUCCACUGGAUAGUACCUAACAUGGAGAAAUGGAGGACACUAAAAACUUGAUGCUUACUGUCAGUCCAAUUAUGAGUAAUUGUCACUUUAUGAAAAUACCCUAACUUGUGUUCGUUUGAUUUCUUUCUUUUCUCUGUUACUCUUUGUCAAGAGCCUUGCCUUCCCUAGUGUUUGAGGGCAGCAAUAUCCUGUAGCACAUACCAUAAAUCUGAUUCAACGCAUAUUGAUUAAAUAGUAGUGAUAUGCACUAUGACAAUAUACUUGGCUAUUUGUCACUGUUCUUGUAUGCAACUAAAAUGGAAUCAGUGGUCAUAUGUUAAAGACUUUAUUUAUCUGUCAUGUUAGUCAAUGUGUUAAAACUAUGUCAAUCAACAAAUGAUUUCUCUCUAAGGGACUUUUGGUUCAGUGCUGUAAAUACAUUAAAAAUAAAUAUAAAUUGGUUUUGAGUGUCACUCUUCAUAACAUUUUAAGACACAGCUUACUUUUAUAAUUUAAUUUCAUUCUUCUGUUUUGCAUCUCUCUUCUGCCUUUAGACAAGCCACACACAAAAUAUGUGUUGCAGAGACUGUGUUCUGUUAUAAUAUCUGAGAGCACCGCAGAUUGUUUGGAUUGAGAAGCAGUAUUUUAAUUUAACAGUAGCACUGAUUGUAUGCUAUUAAGUUCAGUCAUACACAGCAGUUCAGGAUAAA